AAUAGACGUAAAUGAGUUUAACAAUCGGGUGACGGAUGCCCGCCAGGUCUCCGAGGAAACCGGAGGGGAUGCGCAUGGCCAAAAUUCGCAAGUGAAGAUCCUCCCCCGACCGACGCAGCAAACCAGAGGACGCGCCGAUGGCGACCUCCGACGAAGACACCGACCUCUCCUUGGACGGAGACCUCAAGGACGAGAGCGACGCGGAGGAGAGGGAGGUGGCCGAAGGAGGAGGGGACGACGGCAAGAAGGCCGACGGACCGGGUACGGACCUUCCCCCGGCAGAAGGCGACCAGCAGGAGCCCGCGGAGGACGAGGGCGACGGCGAACCCACCGACGAGGAGUUCCCGGAGACGAGCGACGACGAGGGGCCCGACGCCGCCGGCGACGACGCCGCCGCCGCCGAAGUCGCCGCCUCCGCGUCGACGUCGAUAUUCCAGGAGUGGACGCCGGAGCAGGUCGCCCUGUACGGCAAGGAGUGCCGCAUCUGCAAGAAAGGCGACGAGAGCAUGCGGCUGUUCCGUUUCUGCCUCUGCCAGCACGUGAUGCAUAAGGCGUGCCUCGAGCAAAGCCUCAUGGACACGGACCACGACCAUUGCGAAGAGUGUGGCAUCAUGUACUUGCUGAAGCGCAAGCCGCGCUUCACCAUACCGCAAGGUCUCUCUAUGUGGAUGGCAUUUCGCGCCAACAAGGCAAUGUUGGCGAUGAUCGCGAUGUACGCGGUCCUCGUGACUCCCAUAGCGGCCGUGUACAUGGUCGGCCUGGCCACCAGCAUCUUCGGCGGCCUGGACAUCGACAGCGUGGUGGGCCCGCGAGAGCUCUGGCUGCACCAGAUGAGCGAGCCGCACGUGCCCGCCUGGCUGCUGCUCGUCACGCUCAUGAUGGUGGGCGGCUGUGCCGGCUCGGUGGCAGUGCUGCUGCACUAUGUGUGGCACGACUUCAAACGUUGGUACGGCACCACACCCGUCGUCAUCGUCGUCGAGGCACCCGACCACAUGAUCGACAUCAACCCCCACCCGCUCCACUCUAAACCGGAGGACCCCGCUGCUGCUGACUCCCACUCUCCUGGAGACAAGACCCAUCCCCAAUCCCCCGAGGACAAGUCUGCAGCAGGUCCCCCCUCCACUCCGGACAAGUCAGCGGCAGGUCCCCCCUCCACUCCGGACAAGUCAGCGGCAGGUCCCCCUUCCACUCCGGACAAGUCAGCGGCAGGUCCCCCCUCCACUCCGGACAAGUCAGCAGCACGCCCCCCUUCCACUCCGGACAAGUCAGCAGCACGCCCCCCUUCCACUCCGGACAAGUCAGCAGCACGCCCCCCUUCCACUCCGGAUAAGUCUGUGGCACGUCCCCCCUCCACUCCGGACAAGUCUGCGGCACGUCCCCCCUCCACACGGGACAAGUCAGCAGCUCAAGCGAACGCCCCUCCGAAUCAGUCCUUGCUUGACAAGCCUACUACUGAGUCCAUGGUCGAUGAAGCCCUCGCGGACAAGAAAAAGAAAUGAAGUCGCAGGAAGUCCUCUGGUUACCUUCUUUAAGAAUAACAGAUGGUACAAAAUUGUAUGUGCACAAAUAAAGUUCAUUGGAAAAAAAAA